AUAUAUUUGUGCAAAAAUACACUUUUGAUUCUUUCGUUUUAUUUGUCUACAAUAUCUCUUCAAAUUCAGAGUCUUGUUAUUUCUUUCAUUUUCAAUAUUUUGAUGUGUAUUGCUAUAAUGACUUGUUGCAUCCAGUUAAAGACGCUGAACAGUUAUUUAAAUCCAUGGUAGACAAAUGUGCACUGAAGUCACCGCCAGGCCUACAUAUCUACAGCACAGAGAAUCACAAAGGGGGAAAUAAAGCAUCUACCCCUCAGAUCACCCUGACUCCCGCGUCACCGGCCGUACCCCAAAAAGCUCCUCCCAGGUCGAGGUCUCCCACCCUGAUGCUCUGUGACUCUCCUCUUAGAUCAUAUAGCCCUGGGUCAGAUGAGCAAAGGUUACUGUAUGAUGACAUGCCCAUGCAGAUAACAUUUCAAAUUUCCAUGCGUUUCCCCCCACCUGAAGCGUGUGGAACAAACAUUCAUCAGUGUCAAUUACCUGAAGUCUUUCUCACAGUUGGACAACCCGGAGAAACUGUUGUGCUUCCACUCAACCCCAAACCUGGCAGACCUGUCUCCUUCAGUAUCAAUCCACCCAAAAAACAUCACUACAGGUCUGCAUCUCCUCACAGGUCUCCUGCCAGACAUGAAAGGGGAAGAUCUUCUUCUCCAAACCGAGUCAAUGUGACGAGUCCCAUCAGCCCCCGUGAGGAUUAUUUCUCUCUGAUCCAGAGAGUCCACACGGCUCAACUGCAACACAACAAUGGACAGGAAAGAGGAGACAUGAACAGGGAACCUAGGAGGGGAAAAGGAAAAAGUGGUGGAAGGAAAGAGAAAAAAGAAGGAAAUAGAGGAAAGAAGAAAUAAGAGACUCGACAUUCAGUAUUUAUUUCCAAAUAUCUUUUCAUCCACUGAAUUUGUAUAAUGAAACGGAAAUGAGCAUUUCAAAAUAAGGUUGUGUUAUGAUAAUGUGGUUUUUUUUGAUGAUUAAAAGAAGUUUAUUAAAUUUGUGUGUCAAUGUAUCA